UUCACCAUGAAUUUUACAAAUGGUGUAAAUGUAAGUGUCGAGACAACAUGUGAAAGUAAAAUUCAGGAAAUUGCUUACGAUGGUACAGAAAUUUAUGAGACGCCACCAACCCUUUCCGAAACACUAACAAAAUGUGCAGCACGUAUUGACUUCAGUAAAACGUCGCUGGAAGAUCUAAAGAAGGAGGAAAAAGCUUCCGGCGAUGAGGCAGACAAAGAUGACCAAUUUCAACCGAGUUUAUGGCCUUGGGAUUCUGUGCGAAAUAAACUAAACGAUGCCUUGACAGAGGUAUGCGUCCUAUCGGAUGUGCUGGCCAUUGCAAAGGAUAAACGCUAUUUGGUAUUGGAUCCGGUUCCCGAUCCAGAUGGUGAUGAAACUAAACCAAUUGUUCAGGUAUAUAGUCGUAAAAAGGCUCUUAAUCAAGCUGCACAAAUUUUGCUUAGCGGUGCAGAACGUUUGAAAAAUACCCAUACAGAACAACGCAAUCGUAAUGUGUCCGAUUUCCACAUUGAGUUGUUGCGUCUACGGCAGAACUGGAGACUAAAGAAAGUUUCCAAUGCAAUUAUUGGUGAUUUAAGCUAUCGAACUGCUGGCUCCAAAUAUGGUAUGAGUGGAACAUUUGAGGUAACAAAAGCUGAGGAUAUUGUAGAGGAUGAUGCAGCUUCAUCAUCAACAUCGUCUUCCUCAACGAACACUAACAACGGCCUACCAAAUCCAUCACCCAAAAACAACUCAUCAUUGAGGGUUAUUGUUCCGGCCGAACUGCAAGGUGUUGCCUAUUUCAAAGUGAUAACACAAAAGGACCAGGAAGAUCUGUGUACGGCCACAGUGAAUUUGAUGGGCCAUGGACCAAAUAUUACACAGCAGGGAGGUGUUUGGCAAAAGACCAUAGAAGAUGCUCAAAAUGUAUUAUUUUGCAAGGAGUUGUUCAGUCAAUUGGCCCGAGAGGCCAUACAACUACAGGCCCCCAUACCACAUGUCGUUAUUGGCAAUCAAAUAAGAGCUACACUACUACCCGGCAUUCAAUUAAUUAUCUCAUUGUGUCAUUCCACAACGGUGGACAGUAAUCAGCCAACCCCGGUUAAUGAUCAUGAUCACGAUCAUGUUUUGGAACACUCACUGCAUCAGCUUUUGCGUGAAGUUCAUCACAAGAACUCACAUCAUCCAUUCCCUCACCCGGCUAGUGGUCCACUGGGACCGAGUAAAAAACGUAUGUUGGCUGGACCAAUGGCAGCGGAUCGCCAAAGUCUGGUUGAGAUGACAAAAACCCAAACAAUAUUGGAGCAAAUUAUUGCUCAGGCUCAACACAUAUUCAUGCGUAAACGUACCCAAUAUGUUUUAGACACCUUGGCAAGGGACGUGAAAGAUCCCCAGAUAGUAUCGCAUUGGAAUGCCAUGACCAGUCCAACAAUGUCUUGUGUGAAAAUUAAUAUUGUUACACAUGGUUAUGAUACAAUAAAUCGUACCUCCCUGGUUAUACACGUUCGCGAAAGAUCAUUGAAGGCCAUUUGCCGAGAUGGCCGGGUAAUGCAUUUGUCAUAUGAACCACAGGAAUUACGUGAUUUAAUUUUGUGUCAAAUCAAUUCACAUCAAAUCUCCUGCCUGCUAAAUUUAGCCCGUUGUAUGGCCUGGCAAGUACUUUCGAAUAGCAAUCAUUUGGGUAUUGGUAAAGUGGAACCGCUGGGAAAUGCCAGUUCAUGCCUCUUGGCUUCACCGAAUAGUGAUCGCAUGAUUGCUGUUCAAAUCCGUUGUACGCAAUCACAAAUGGAUGUUAAAGUGUAUAUUGCAAAGAGUCCACGGCAAGACUUUUUCCCAAAUCCUUUGGUACCGGAAAAAUUCUGGGAAAAUUUGGGUGGUCAUUUUAAAGAGGUACGUUUCGAUAAAAUCGAAGGCAAAAGUUUUCUUAACAAAAUGGAAUUUUUAAUGGCCUCUCUAAACAGCAAUUCAGCUUGAAUGGAUAAUAUUUAAUGCAAAACAAAAAUAUUAAA